AUGGAGGCUCAGAAAGCUAAGAAACCUGUCGGGGGGAAGCUGUUGAAACAGUUUUCUGUCCGUGAGGGUGCAAUUCCAAUGGUCGGCAAAAAGGCCAACAAACCAGUCACAGAAAAGAGGAGAAGGGACAGGAUCAACAAAUGUCUGGUCCAGUUGAAGAACAUCGUGAUGAGAGCUACAGGCAAAGACGAAAAACGAUUUGCAAAAAUGGAGAAGGCUGAUAUUUUAGAAAUGACGAUCGGUCACUUGAUUGAGAUGCAUCAGCAGAAUAUCGGUAAACGUUUUGUGGACCACUGGGGCAUUGCUACACCGGGCACAGAAAAUCCGUCUGACCCGUUCAGUUGCACCAGAAGAACACAAGCUGUAGACAACCCACAAGAAGUUCGUACCCACACUAAUCAGAGUUUUUACCCGCGUCAUCUUUUCCCGACCCCUGCCUACAAGUGUGGGUACAGCGGCGAGAGAGCUAUCAAGGACGUCAAAUUCGAAGCAGACGAUUACAUGGAGUCGGACAGCAUCAUGUGUGGCUCUGCAUCACGUGUGUUCGUAUUUGGUGAAGAUGACACCGCCACAAGAAGUGAGAAGAUGAGAGGUUUGAAAGAACUUUCCCCAUAUGACCACGAUUCGCCCAAAGAAUGGAUCCACCCCUCCCACACCAAUAAACCUCUGUUUACCUCUACCCCAGUCGAAUUUAGUGCUGCUAAACCCAUCAGGACCUCUACACCCCUCGGUCUCCCGUCCCUGUCCAAAGGAUUCCUCUCCCCCGAAGAACUGAUCAUGUCUGGAAGAUACGACAUUAAUCUAAACACAUCUCCGGAUCUCCGAGUCCGUCUGUUUACCAGUAGCGAGGAAUCGUCUGAUGGAAGCCUAGAGAGAAGAUCUUAUUCUGGAUAUUCCAUAUCAUCGUCAUCAGGAAGCAGUGGCGGAUCCAACGGAGAAAAUGGAGUCUGGAGGCCAUGGUGAAAGUGAAGAUCCGAGAACUGAUAUAUUGCAUUUGUAAAGACAUGAAUUGUAUAUAUUUGUACAUAGCUAUUUAUUUAAUAAGAAAUAAUAGGAAUUACACAUAUGUAUGCGACAAACGAGUAAGAAAUCAUAUAAGUGUGUGCUAGGUAUGAUUGACUUUGUUGGAAUAAUAAAUAAAUUAGAUAUAUAAACAUGUACCUUGUACAUAUCAA